AUGAGAUUUGAUCGUGUACAUUUAAUCUCAUUGAUCAAGAUUAUUCAAAAUAUGGAAUCUUCCUCGACUAGUGCACAACCUAAAUUACCACCAGAUACCAAACCAUUACAACAUCAAGUUGCAGGACAUAUCUACGGAAAAUCGAAAACAAAAUUCGGUUUAUUACAACGAUGUUCUACUGGUGAGAUUCUCAAGCCACUUAUUGAUGAACGAGGUUCACGCGAAGAACAAUUUUAUAAAGAUGUAUUUUCCGAACAAGCAUCGAAGAAUUUACGUAUACUUCGACCAUUCAUCAGCACUUAUUUAGGAACAUAUGAACAUGAUGAAAUAAAAUAUAUCGUCUUAGAAAAUGUAAUUCAUCCAUUUAUCCAUCCGUGUGUUGCCGAUAUUAAAAUCGGUCGUAUCACUUAUGAUUCUACGGCGAGCGCGGAGAAAGUGAAACUAUCUCGUGAAAAAUGUCCUACGUUGGCUGAAAUCGGUUUUCAACUUCUUGGUUGGGAAAUGUAUCGUUCAUCAAACGAUUCUUAUGAAUGUCAUGACAGAGUAUGUGGACGAUCAUUAACUAAAGAAGAAAUUCUUCAUGCCAUUGCUCAUUUUUAUGGCGCUCCUUCGAUGAAUUAUCGUGAGAACAUCAAAUUGAUACUCGAACAUCUGACCGAUAUGGAACAAGUUAUGGUCAAACAAAAUGAUCUGACUUUCAUAGCAACAUCUUUAUUAAUUGUUUAUGAAGGUCAGCCAAACGAAAAAUCUCCCAACAAAGUUGAUGUUCGUCUAGUGGAUUUUGCUCAUGUUUCCAAAAGUAAAGAAGGUACCGAAACAGGUCAAACGGACGAAAACUUUCUUUUUGGUUUACGCAAUUAUAUUAAACAUUUACAAAGAUUACUUGAUGAUGAAUAUGUAUACGUACUCAUUGAUAAACUAAAAUAA